UUUUAGGGAUUUAUAAGGGACCAGUUUAUCAUUUUCUCAGUUUUCGAAGGUGAAGCAACGCAUUUUGGUCAAAAUAUAAUUCUUCCUUCUGUUGAUUUAUUUUCAGCGACAGCGCCAUCGAAAGAGAUUAGCGAAUGAUAGCUUACCGGUCCUUUUUAAGCUUCGAUCUUGCUUGGAAAUUCACAAAGAUUCAUGUAGUACCGAGCCGCACUCAACACUUGCUGAGGUGUUUUUCUUCUUGCGGUUUCAACUAUAAUAACUCGAGGACGCAAAUUGGAGGAGAUUUACGUGUUGUCAUGGACCGGAAAAAGCAGAAAAUGGUUGCUAAAACGUGGAGACCUGUUUCUGCUCAAUCAAGGUUUAUUGAAGGUGAUCUAGGUGAUGAGAAGCAUGACUUUGGAGGUGAAGUGCAAGAAAUUAGGUGCACCGUCUCUUCAAGUGCAAGGGACCAUGACGCUGAAGUGGUAAAUGAUGAAGUUGACACAACUCGCAGCCCUAAGGCAGUGCAGGAUAGUGAAGGCAUUGAUCUAGAAGGACAAACAGCACCUUCUGCUGCUGAUGAAUCAGUUUCAGCAGCUCAGAAGCAUUCAGUUACAAUCAAGGCAGGGGCUUCCUUGAUGCGUUUCAUAAUAGGGAAAGGAGGUUCAACAAAGAGGACAAUUGAGGAGGAAAUGAGAGUAAAAAUUACACUUCCAUUAUCGCGGAAGGAGGAUUACCUCGUCAUAGAAGGCAAUUCUGCUGGAAGUGUCGCGAGAGCAUCAGAUAGAGUCCAAGCCAUAAUUGAUCAGACAGUUAAAAGCCGAAAUCUUGACUACUCUCACUUUGUAUCACUUCCAUUGGCCAUACAUCCUGAGCUGGUCAACAAGCUCAUCAACUUCCAGAACUCAGUUCUUGGAAUUACAGUAGUUAAUGAAGAUGAAAAAUUGGUAUGUGAUUCAAGUGGUAAAACUUCCGAUUCGGAAGGUGAGGAGCGGAACUUGAGUGAACCUCGGGUUGCAGUGGAACUCAAAACUGAAGAUUCUAAUGAUCGUGUUACAGUUGAUAUAGCCAACAUACCACUCGUGAGUUACUCGCCUAUAGUAUCUACGUCCUCUACCUCAGAAUCAAAGGCUUCUAAACUAUUAGGUUUGGGUAUUGAGAAAUCCAUCUUUAUCAAACCAAAAACAUUCCACUUGACUGUGCUCAUGCUGAAGCUUUGGAAUAAGGACCGAAUUGAAGCUGCUGCUGAAGUUUUAAGGAGUGUCUCGACAAAAGUAAUUGAUGCUUUGGAGAGCCGACCUGUGUCUAUAAGACUGAAGGGUUUGGAGUGCAUGAAAGGAUCUCCAGCAAAAGCUCGUGUUGUAUAUGCUCCUGUCGAAGUAAUUGGUGGUGAAGACCGACUUUUACGUGCCUGUCAGGUGAUCAAUAAUGCAUUCACUGAAGCUGGUUUUGUUCUUGAAAAUGAUUUAAACCAGAAGUUAAAGUUGCAUGCCACCAUAAUGAAUGCGCGACACAGAAAAAGCAAAACAGGAUCAAAAAAAUAUGAUUCCUUUGAUGCACGAACGAUUUUUGAUCAGUAUGGCUCGGAAGACUGGGGGGAGUAUCUUAUCCGUGAAGCUCAUCUUUCUCAAAGAUUUGUGUUUGAUGGCAGUGGCUAUUACCAUUGCUGUGCUUCCAUCCCAUUUCCUGAAGAGAUGCAACUCGGUUGAGUUCUAGAAUCUAGGUUUAAUAGUUUUUUUUUCUGUUAUUGACAGUAUGUUCUCUUAGUUAAUGUGUUGAAUUGCCAUUAUACGCUAGGCGGUUUGAUUGUUGCUGAGAGUUAUUAUCGUAUGUGUGACCAAAAAGACAUAUGCCUCGUUUUUUAAACUCAAUAUCAUCUGUAGAAUUCAAGAAAUUGUUGUCCUGCAUUAAGCAGCUUGAUGAACUUUGUUGGUAGUUUGGACAAUUUUCCCAAGAA